GGUGCAGUCAGUUUCGUUUUGGCCACUUUUCGCAGUCGCGUCGUCAGCCCUGCUAUAUCGAUAGUUGGCAACACUGGCGUGUAGCUGUCGUAACAGGCCGCUUGCAUUUAGUUUUAUUUAGUUUUUAAAAUAUGAAUAAAAUAACGCGUGCUUUUAUUAGCGUACUGCAGCACGGCAAUAAAUCUUACAGCAAUGCCGCGCUCCUCGGUCGCCAGCUAUCAUACAAAAGCGAUUUAUCGCUAGACAAGAUCUAUCCAAAUGCACGCCUGCAGCUCUUCACGCCGCCGCCGCCGCCGCCAAGCGGCGCGGACAAGUUCAAUGGCUAUAUACCCUUGGAUAAGCUAGAGAUCACCUACAGUCGCAGCUCCGGCCCGGGCGGCCAGCACGUGAAUACGGUCAACACAAAGGUGGAUGUGCGCUUCAAGCUGGCCGAGGCGCAGUGGAUACCGGAGAAGACGCGCCAAAAGCUGCUUCAGGUGCUGGCCAAUAAGCUGAACAAGGAGGGCUACUACUUCAUCAAGAGCGACCUGACGCGCUCCCAGCAGCUGAACCUGGCCGAUGCGCUGGAGAAGCUGCGCAUGGUAAUACGCGCCCAGGAGCUGGAACCGAGCGGACCCAGCGAGGAGACGCUGGAGAAGCUGCGCCGUCGCCAGGAAAAGGCGGCCCGGCAUCGCCUGCAACUGAAACGCGAACGCGCCCAGAUCAAGGCCGAUCGCCAGGCGCCAGGCGGCAUAGAUUUCUAAAUAUUUUAAUUUGCUAAAGUUUUUGUUACAUAAACAUUGUUCGGUACACAUGCA